AUGAUUCUCUAUAGUCUGCUUUUCCUCCUUCUGGAGACUCUGCCUCUCUCCAUUUGUAUGGAGCCCUUGAGUGGGAAGCUGAAGGGAGCAGCCCAGAAACAAGACAGGAGUGGGGAUGUGCUGAUAGGAGACAUUUCACUAAAAUUGGCUGCAAAUAGUAGCAAAAACCAGCUUUCUCAUUUUUCAUCCAUACUCAGCUUUUCAACUUGGGGUUAUGCAGCUUCCCAGGGUUUUGUCUUUGCCACUGAGGAAAUCAACAGAGAUGUUCACUUGCUUCCCAACCUCACCCUGGGAUUCUCCAUCUGGAAUUCUGGGGACUCUACCGCUGGGGCUCUCCUGGGAAUCAUGGACUUCCUGACUGGGCAGGGGAAGCCCAUCCCUAAUUACAGCUGCAGAGCCCACCCUCCUCUGACUGCCCUUGUUGGGGAGCUUCGUUCUGCUCUGUCUGUGCCAAUAGCUAGAUGGUUGGGGCUUUAUAAAUUUCCCCAGAUCAGCUAUGCAUCCAGCAUAACCAGCUUGAGUGACAAAACCGACUUUCCUUCAUUCCUAAGGACAAUUCCCAAUGACCAAACCUGGAUCCAAAGUAUUGCCAUCUUGCUGAAGCAUUUUGGGUGGACCUGGGUAGCAGUUGUUUCUCAUGAUGAUAAUUUUGGGCAUCAAAGUAGUUCCCUGAUGAGAACUGAGCUGGAGAAGUUUGGCAUUUGCUGGGAAUUCUUCAUAGAUAUUCCUACUUUUCAGUUUCCAGAGAGGUUACAGCAUGGACUAGAUAUGUUGAAAAAAUCAACAGCCAAAGUCUUCAUUACAAUUUUAAGUACUUGGACUUUUCUUGACUUAGAUUUUUUCUCAUUAAGUGAUAUUGCUGGAAAAAUAUGGCUAAGAAGCUAUGUCGAAUGGAAGGAAUUGAUAAGGCACAACCCAAAUGUUCCUCAAAUUAUCAGCAUCUCUCUACCUCAACCAACAACUCAAGGGCUCCCAAAAUUCUUCAGCCAUCUACAUCCAGAUAGGGCCUCAGAGGACAUCUUUGUGAAAAUCUUUUGGGAAAAUGUCUUUAAUUGUAGAUGGCAGGACCAGGACCGUAGCUCUCUAGAGAAUAAGACAGAGACUGGAGGCGGCCAUUUCUGCACAGGAUCAGAGCACCUACAAAAUGAACAUACCCCUGUGUUCAAUGUGGGAAAACUGAACAUAAACUACAAUGCCUACAAAGCAGUGUACAGUAUAGCCCAUGCACUCCAGGAUCUGAGUUUGUGUGAAAUAGAAAACGGGCCUCCUGGAAAUUGGAUGUGCCCAGAUGUUAAAACUUUAAGACCCUGGCAGUUCUUGCAAUAUAUUAAGAAGGUACAUUUCCACACACCUCAGAAAAGUGAGGUAUUUUUUGAUGCCAAUGGAGAUCUUCCUUCUGCGUAUGAAAUUCGGAAUGUACAGAAAAAUUCUGAAGGCUUCUUUGACCUAGUCAGUGUUGGCUAUGUGGACUCUAAAGCCCCAUUUGGAAAAGAAAUUAUUAUUAAUCAGAGUGCCAUUCAGUGGAAAGGAGGAAAGACCCAGGUGAGCCACAGUAGCCUGGGAAUGGGCUGGUCCAGCCAGGUCCCUAUAAAGGGAUGGUCCCACUGCUGCUUUGAUUGUGAACCCUGCCCAGAAGGCCAGUUUGCAGAUCAUAGAGGAUACAAAAAUGGGGCCAGGAUGGGAAUGAGGGAGUGUGUAAGUUUUGAUUCUUCCUCAACAGAUAUGCAGCAGUGUGCAAAGUGCCCAGAGGACCAGUAUCCAAACACACAGAGAGAUGGCUGCCUCCCCAAAGUCCUGACUUUCCUGGCCUAUGGAGAAGCUCUGGGGGUGACUCUGUCUUGCAUGGCCCUUGCCUUCUCUCUCCUCACAGUGAUGGUUCUCGUGGUCUUUGUGAAACACCGAAGUAGCCCCAUAGUCAAAUCCAACAACAGAACUCUCAGCUAUGCUCUGCUUCUCUCCCUCACCCUCUGCUUCCUUUGUUGCUUGCUCUUCAUUGGCCGCCCAACCACAGCCAGCUGUGUCCUCCGACAGAUGACUUUUGCAAUCACCUUCACAGUGGCCAUCUCUUCGGUUCUGGCCAAAACCGUCACUGUGGUUCUGGCCUUCAAGGCCACAAGGCCAGGAAGCUGGCUCAGGAGGUGGACAAGUACCCGAGUGUCCUAUUCUAUCAUCCUCAUCUGCUCCCUCAUCCAAGUGAGCCUCUGUGGGGUCUGGCUGGCCACUUCUCCCCCCUUCCCAGAUGUGGUCGCUGACCUUGACCCCGGCCAUAUCCUCAUUGUGUGUGAUGAGGGCUCCAUUGCCAGCUUUUACUGUGUCCUGGGCUACAUGGGCUUCCUAGCCUUAGGGAGCUUCACUGUGGCUUUCUUGGCCAGGAACCUGCCCGACGCCUUCAACGAAGCCAGGUUCAUCACCUUCAGUAUGCUGGUGUUCUGCAGUGUCUGGAUCUCCUUCCUUCCUGCUUACCAAAAUGCCAAGGGAAAGACCAUAGUGGCUGUGGAAGUCUUUGCCAUAUUAGCCUCUGGUGCUGGGUUGCUGAUCUGCAUCUUUAUCCCCAAAUGCUACGUGAUUCUAUGGCGGCCUCAUCAGAACACUCAGGAGUGGCUCAAAAUCCACCCUCAUUCCAGGGGGGCAAUUUCAUCUUAAGGCUCUAUCUCCCUAAUCUGUUUUUGUUAAGGUCUCAGGAUCCCAGAAAUAAUGACUUACAUAGGACUGAAAGAGUACAAAAGGUUUCAGAAUCCUAUCAUCUUUUAUGGUUUAUAAAUAGUGAGCAAAACUCAGAAUCAAAAUAAUUUAGAAAGAUAUUUACUCAAACAUCCAACAAAGGAAAGAUCUAAAAAGGGGGUGGUCUACUCCCUCUGAGCCUCUCUGAGCUACACAUUAUAUAGGGUACAAACAAAGAAACAGUAAUGAUUGGUCAGCACCAAGGCAGUUUCCAGGUGGGACAUAUGAAAUAUUUAACAUAUACAGAGGGAGAAAACUUCUCACACCGACCUUUGAAUGUGAAAGAUUUCUGACAAACUAACCUAGGUCUAAAAUUAAGAAUAAAUAAAUCCAGCCUCUAAGUGACAGGUCUGGUUUCUUAGUCAUUUGAGGCUGGGUUCAAACAAGUACUUUGUGGUGUGCUACAAGAGGCUUGAGGUCUUUGGCACAAAGAGCAACAAAGCAUCUGUGUCAAAUUAGUAAUUCUUUUUUCACUGGAAUCAUAGGAUUUAUAGU